AUGAAUGACUUAGAUCUUAUUUUGUGUACAAUUUGUGUUUUACUCAUAUGGCUUCUUUGGCAACAAUUGGAAAAAGUGAAAUUAGAAGAGGAAAGGAGAAAGCUCAGAAUGAGCAGAAGCCAGAAAAUGGUAAAAAUGAAAAAGAAAGGUGAUACUCAAGAAAGAAUUAUCAUUGAAGAGAAAGAAAUUAAUUUCAAAAAAGCAAUAACACCUCCUGCUCCUCCUCCACCAGCACCACCACCGCCACCACCACCAGCACCACCACCGCCACCUCUUCCAUCACCGCCGCAACCACCACUUCAACCUCCACCACCAUCACCACAUCCUCCUCUACCUGAAUCAUCACCUGUUUCAUCAAUAAAAACAGCUAUUCCAACCGUAACAUCGGUUCAUGCUAACCUAUCACAAUCAUUACCAACAACACCUCCUCCUUCAUCAGUUUCAUUAACAGAAACAGCUCUUCCGAAAAUAUCAACUAUAUCAUCGGAUCAAGCUAAAGUGCCAUGGGUAUUUGAAGGUGAAGCAUACUAUCCACCAAAUUUCUUCACGGCAGCUCAUCAAUCGAAAUAA